AUGCCAGCUCUAGAAAUUCUCUCUUCAGAGAAUGGGAGCCUCGUCUUCCAUGAGGAAAGCUUCCGGUUCCUGAGUGAAUUGAGAGUGAGAUCCUCGAAAGUAAUCGUGAUUAACAUAGCAGGGCGCUCCAGACAGGGUCGCAGCUUCAUGCUGAAUCUUAUAGUAAGAUACCUGAAGAACAGAGACAAAGAUUCGCCCACCGCAAACGAGGAGCUGGUUGGUUUCGCCUGGGGGCUAUCGACCGAGGACUCGACGGCGGGAAUCCACAUCUGGGACGAGAUAUUUGAGGUUGAGAGUGCUUCGGGCGAACGUGUUGCAGUCGUCGUCAUGGACAGCCAGGGAGUUUUCGAUCCGAGGAGCGAGUUGAAGAAUUCAAUUGAAAUCUUGCUCUUCACCUUGCUCACGUCGUCGAUACAGAUCUUCAACGUGUCGCAGGAUCUGAGCAGUCAGGACUUUUGCAACAUUCAGCUGGCCGUGCAGUACGCGAGACACGUUUCCGAGGGAACGGCGACGUUGCAGAACCUUGUCUUCCUGGUGCGCGAUUGGCAGGAUUUGCAUCAGGCGCCGUACGGUUGGGGGGUGGUCGUCGUUUACUUGAACGACGCCUGACGAACGUUGGGCGGAUGCUGGUUUUCGGUGAGGAUCCUGAGA